AUGUCCACUGUCAUCGGUAUCGCUUUUGGAAACACCAACUCCUCCAUCGCCUACGAGAAGGACGGCAAGGUCGAGGUUAUUGCCAACCCCGACGGAGAUCGAUUUAUCCCCUCCACCGUCUCCUAUGUCGGCUCUGAUGAGUACUCUGGUCUCGAGGCCAAGGCCCAGCUGAUUCGAAACGCCGCCAACACCGUCACCAACUUCCGAGACUACCUCGGCAAGCCUUUUUCCAACAUUGACGCUUCUGCUGCUAAGGCUUCUUCCAAGCCCACUGAUGGAGGCUCGGCUGUUGCCUACAAGCUGGAGCGAGGCAAUGGAGAGGAGGCUGUUUCUGUUGAUGAGAUUGCCGUCCGACACCUUACCAAGCUGCAGGAGGCCGCCAAGGACUACAUUGGAAAGCCCAUUGACGGAAUUGUCAUUGCUGUCCCCACCGAUUUCGACGAGGCCACCACCAAGGCCGUUGUCAAGGCUUGUGAGGGUGCCAAGAUGCCUGUUCUGCAGGUCAUCUCCGAGCCCGCUGCUGCCCUGCUCGCCUCCGAUGCUGGUAAUGCCGAGAUCUCUUCUGGCGACCGAGUUUCUCUGGUCCUCGAUCUCGGUGGAAUCCGAUCCGAUGCCGCUGUUAUUGCUACCCGAGGUGGUGUCUACACCACCCUGGCCACUCACCACGCCUUUGGUCUCGGUGGUAACAAGCUCGAUGAUGCUCUCGUUAACUACUUCGCCAAGGAAUUCGAGAAGAAGCACAAGCUGAACCCUCUGGAGGACAAGCGAGGUGUCGCCAAGCUCGUCCACGAGUCUGAGGCUGUUAAGAAGACCCUCUCUAACACUUCUUCUGCCACUUUCGCUAUCGAGUCUCUCGCCGGUGGCAUUGACUACCACGGAACCGUCAACCGACUGCGAUUCGAGCUUGUUGCCAAGGCUAUCUUCGCCGAGUUCAACACCUUUGCUCUUGAGGCUGUCAAGAAGGCCGGUCUUGAUCCCCUUGAUGUUGAUGAGGUUCUCCUUGUCGGAGGAACCGCCAACAUCCCCAAGAUUGCCAAGCUGCUGUCUUCGUCUUUCGAAAACGCCACUGUCGUUGCCCCCGCUGUUGAGUCCAAGGCUGUUGAGCCCGCUGAGCUCGUUGCCCGAGGUGCCGCCAUCCAGGCCGCUCUUGUUGCUGAUUUUGACGAGUCCGAGAUCGCCGAUUCCACCCAGGCCGUUGUCACUGUUGCCCCCCACACCACUGCCCCCAUUGGUGUCAAGCUCGCUGACGGCUCUCUCAAGGUGAUCAUCCCCCAGGAUACCCCUCUGCCUGUCAAGAAGUCCGUUGUGCUCCCCGCCAAGGGCUCUUUCUUCGCCCAGAUCUACGAGGGCAAGCACUCCAUUGACGAGAAGGAGGUGACCCCCACCAACGACGACGAUGACUCCGACUUUGACGACGAGCCUUACACUGAGCGAACCAAGAAGGUCGAGGGUACUCACCUCCUCGGCGAGCUUGGUCUUGAUGGCAUCACCGGAGACAAGGUCGAGGUCAUUGUUAACAUCACCCGGGAGCUCAAGCUCGAGAUUUCCGCCCGGGAGAUCGGAGGAGCCGGUGUUGUCCGAGGUGUUGCCGGAACCGCCAAGUUGGAGUAA